AUGGCCUUCUCUGUUGAUCUGGCUUCAAAUCUACCAACGAAGGAUUAUAUCGUCGCAUUCGGACAUCUCAAACUAAUAAGGAAUAAAAAUAACUACGGUAGAAACAGAAAAAAUCCAUAUGAAAUCAGAAGAAAAUGUAUGGCGACUAAAGUUCAAAAAAACACAUUUUGCAAUAUUUCUAAAAGAAAUAAUGAAAGCAGCAAUGGAGAAGACCAUAUCUCAGGAGACACGGCUGGAACGAGCAAUCAAAUAAAUUCUGAAACAAGACUGGAAAAUUCAUCUAACAAUAAAGAAUCAAGUGAAGAAUCGUACAUAAAUUUAAAACUGCUAAGAAAAUCAAACACCAUAGAAUUUCCUACCGAGGAACCGUCAACUUCAGUCAAGGCAGGACCAGAAGAAAGUGUCAUUCAACAGAGGAAUGUACAACAAGUUCAACUUCUGAAUAUAAAACCAGAUCUUUGUAAAGAGGUUAAUUCACCACCAAAAUCAGUGGCUACGGCGAGACCCAUACCCACUUUGGGACAGAUCUACCAACAAGAUCCCAAUGACGACACCUCCACAUUUGCUGGCUGGUUCCUAGAAUCUUUAGGUGAAUACAGCAACUCAUUUGAACAGUCUGUUGAAACAACUUCAACGUCUACUGACUGCACUUCAACAACUUGCAAUGGCUUCAAUAACCACGAUAAUAAUCAACCAUUCAGCAAUUUGAAUUCUAAUAACGUAACUAACGUGUCCUUAGUGACGAACACUUCACCAACAAAAGCAUUUAAAACAACUAAUGAGAAUGUUAGUGAGUGGCUCAGUGCAGAACUAGACCAUCCCACGAGAGAUAACGAAUUUGACACAUCUUUGAGCGCACAACCUACAAUAAUUUUAAAAACGAAUGAAGCAUCCAAUGACUCAGAGCCCGUUUAUGUUUUUCCUAAAACAAAUACCGAUUUCAAGGAGAAAGAUUACUAUCCAGAUUUCCAUAAACCUUUAAUGUAUCAUUCAACUCCUGCUACUCCAAAGAGAAGAGAACCCAUCACUAAGAGCAGGACUGCUUCCUACGUGGAGUAUCCUUCUGAAGUACUUCAGAAAACUACAAAUUUUGAAUCUGACGGUGGCGACAAUUUGAGCAGUAUUGUUGAAACAGACCACGGUCUAUCGAGCUCAUGGAUGUUUAAUCGUUAUACUGAUAGUUCUACACUGAGUGGUGUCACCUGGUCUAAACUGCAAAUAUCUCAGGAUACUCUUAAGGAGUCGUUCAAAAACAGCAGAUCGUGGAAAUCAGAUACUUUCGACGAAAAGCAGAAGGCAGCAGACUCAGAUAAGAACAGUAAUCAUGAUUAUUUACACUGCUGGAAGAAGGAUAUUGCGAGAAAAGAAAUAAAUGAUAAGACUGCAAGAAACUACAGAGAAAAAUGCAAUAAAUGUCAUAAGUAUAGACAGUCACCGAAGAAAAGGACGGAUGCGGUGGCGAGAGAGCAGAAGUCUGCGGAGAUCACAGCUUCUAUCAAACUCAAAUCGUGUUCCUCAUAUAAAAAUGGGUCAUCAAAGUUAUUCCUACCGCCAAAUAAGCACGAUAAUGUUGGUUCAUCUAUUUUCCCUUUCCUACAAUAUUCUUCUAACAAUGCGGUCGUUUUCGGGAGGUAUCAAUCAAAAUCCUCGUCUCGGGCGGCGCUCGGUGGGACCGUUAAAGAAAUCAGAAGUAUCAACACUCAGUGCUCACAAUACUUUGAAAAAGAUAAAUUAUCACAACAAAUGAUACAGAAUUCACAUUUGAAACAAGCGGUGUCUCAAGAUGCAUACACGCAGGUGUUUAUAACCUGCAAUAACGCAGCCACCGAUGCUAUAACUCCUGACAAAACAUCCCAACACUCCAUAAACGUGAUGACAUCAACUGCCGUACUACAAAAGUUAACUCACACUGAGACCCAGGUAUCUCCGGCUGAGUCAAUGUGGAAAGUAUCAACAGGGAUACUUGUCCAGGAGAUGUACCGUGACGCUAAGUCAAGUGUGGUUACAGAUACAUCAGUACCACGACGGAAUCUCGACGCCACAUUAAUAACGGCUGAUGGAAAGGUGCUAACUUGUACCGGUACUAAAAUAACAUCGGUAUCUUCAGCCGACAUACAAGCAUCAUCCAUGUUGUCACGUACAUCGAGGCAAUACACUGUGAACACAGCUACGUCAAGGGUUGUGAAUGAAGAUCGCUGGACCGUUCCGUCCCUUCACAGAUAUGAUGUUGAAGAUGUUUCUUUAGGUUUAUCUGCUAGUAACAUCGUUAAGCACAACUCAAUUAACUGUGGUUCUCAUCAACUGACACAUAGUUUUGGUGCAGAGACACAGCCUCAGUGUUACUCUGUGGUCAUCAAUACUGAUGAGGAACCCAAGAAGCCGAGUGUUCAAGACGUGGAUGUAAACAGCUGUUCCUGUUGUAUGACGAAUGACGACAGCACACAAUACAGUAGCUAUAUGAAAAAUGGGUCAAUGGGUGCAGGAGGUUGUCAGAUAGGCCGCAGUCGUCUCAUCUCUGUACGAGCUCUAUUUCCCGAAGCAACAGACGAUGGAACACAAGCACAGCCCAGCAGAUGUAGUGCAGAAACCAAAACGUUAUCUAACAAGAAGAUUUCGGCGUCUAUAUUUACAUCACAAUUGGGUUUAGAACAACGCCAUCCUUACGAAGCCGCCUCAGAUAAAGGACAAUCUGCGCCAUUAAAAGAAACUGAAAUACCAUCCAGGGAUACUAAGAUAGUGUCCUGUAAUAAAGCAACCGGAUCAGUAACUGGCCAAGAUCCUAAAAAGCCAAGCAAACAGAGUAAUAGAUCGGCUUGUAUAAAGACAAGUUCGAAAAUGAACUCUAGAAAAUCCAGCAAAAUCUCAUCCAGUCUCGACGCUAGAAAAUGGAUUAAGGAAUCAGUGGAGGAACAUAAGGAUAUAGAAACAAUAGUGAAAGUCAGCGAGGUGGCAGUAAGAGAGUCGCUACAACGAGCAUCAGUCAUCGCCAACUCCACUCACAGAAUAUGUUCCAAAGAAAUUCACAAGCUGUCCAAAGUUCUUUUGAACUCUGAUGUCAACUGCGUAACAACAAAACCAUAUGAAGUUCCAAAUAAGAGCCCGACAAAAACUGGAUCAGCGAAGAAGGCGGUAGUGGAAACUGAAAUGGAAGGUUGCAAACUAUUGAAAAUGGACAAGAUAACAUCAGAUAAAGUUGUUGUGAGAGAAACCAAGGAGUCCAUACUACAAGCGCAAACCAACGUCUGUGACACAGGGACUGACUGUGUGUGUAUGAGGAGGUCGGCCACCGUGCUGACUUCACGAGAUGUGCUGCCGAAGAAAACACUCUGUGUCGCUGGCGGUGAGAGUAACACAGGAGUCCGUCCAAGAAGGUCACAUUCCCAUCACUCUAUAUCCGUGGAGGCUUCGUUUCCCUGCCAAGUGUGCUGCUACCGGCGACAUGGGGUGAUGGGGGAGACUCUCACACCCAAAGAGUACAAGUCACUGUACGAAGCGACCAGACUCAUGAUGAAGGAGGGUUGUGACUCCAGAAACUCAAAAACCAGCAGCAAUUCAUCCAGCUUUGACAAGACAGUAAAGUAUGAAGAGGCCAUGAAGAUGAGAUCCCAGAUGACGUCAUGCCUCGAACAUUUACCUACUCAGUGCUGUUGUAUGAGAUGUACCCAGAUAGCCCGACGAGACAAUCGCUCCAUUCAAGCCGUUGAAGAUUCCUUCCUUAUUUGCCCAAGGUGUAACAUUAAAAUUACAGAUUUACCAAAAGACGACCCAGAAGGCAUCGAAGAUUAUGUGAGAGCUACUUUAGGGACCUCGUGUAGAUAUUACAGCAACCUACUAGCUAUGAAACUGGGACGAGUUAGGGAUAAUUUCAUAAGACACCUAGCGCCAUCUGUUGUCGACUCGAUGUAUCAUCUAACGGUGCCCGAAUACUACACCGAAGCGUGCACAAUGAAGCCAAGCGGACGGUUGGACGAAGACUGCCAAGUAAAGAUCCCGAUGACACAAGUAAAUAAUAUACACAACAUAAUGAACAGUCUCACCAGCUCGUGUGUACUAACACCUACCAUCAGCGACACCGACCUCACCUUACACGACAAGCGAGAUCUGAAAACCGUCUACUACAUACUGAGUGGCAUAGAGGGCAGGAUCAGGCGCCUCAAGAACAACUUGCAUAACUAG